GGGAGGAAGUAAUCUGGAGUGCCAUGACGUGGACGCGGCACCGGCACGGACCGACAUUCACCUGUUUCAGAACCGCACGAUACGCCGCGAAGUAACAACGGACGAUCGCGGACCGCGGCCCACACGAGAAUCUAGUUGGCCGAUGGACGACGCGCGUGUGGAUAUUAAGUAGUAGACGUAGUUUGUAGCUGUUUUUUAAUUUUUCUGUGGUGUGAUUUUGGAUUCUAUUUGGUACAACAUGUGCAGCAGAGAGCAGAUUGCUGAAUUGGUGGAUAAAAUCCAUUCGGGCCUUCCAAAAUGUUCGUUGAAGUUGCCUAGGUGGGAAGAAGUAACCAGCGCCCUGCCGCGAUUCAGGCUGCCGCAGGCCAUGCCGGCCGUGCGCUCAAAGCGCGGCUGGUGCGGCUGCUUACAGGAUGACGAACCACCCGAGAUAACAUACUGCGUAGUGGACACAACAGGAACUUUGACCCUCCAAGCAAUAACACCAACGCAACCAAUGCCUUCACAAGAAGAACUAGAUAUCAAAUUUGCAGAGCUUGUGGAGGAGCUCGACCUGACAGCCCCUAACAAGGCUGCCAUGAUGAGCCUACCACCACAGAAGAAAUGGCAGAUAUAUUGCUCAAAAAAAGGAGAAGACACCAUGGAUCAAACACACGCACCGGAACAUUAUAUUGAAAGACUGCACACCUUAGCAACAUUACAGUACCCAGAAACAAAUAUCGAAGAAGAAGUAAGGAGUAGAACGAAAAUCGUGGACGGCCUAAAAACAGCUCUGAGGACGUCAGCGCACAGUUUUGUGAUAAAGUUCAUCGAACUUGAUGGACUAACUGCCCUUUUGGACUGCCUGGAGAAAAUGGACUACUUCACCGCUCAAAGCUCCAUCCACACGAGCAUCAUAGGGUGUGUCAAGGCCUUGAUGAACAAUUCUACUGGUAGAGCACACGUCUUGGCACAUCCCACUAGUAUAAACACAAUAGCGCAAUCGCUCAGCACUGAAAACAUCAAGACCAAAAUUGCCGCUUUAGAAAUACUCGGCGCUGUCUGUCUAGUCUCAGGAGGACACAAAAAAGUCCUCGAUGCCAUGUUACAUUAUCAAAAAUAUGCCUUCGAACGCACCAGGUUUCAGGGUAUCGUCAACGACCUAGAUCGGUCAACAGGAGUCUACAGGGAUGAAGUGAACUUAAAAACAGCCAUAAUGUCAUUCGUGAACGCCGUAUUGAAUUACGGCCAAGGUCAGGAGAACCUAGAAUUUAGGUUACAUCUCCGAUACGAAUUCCUUAUGUUAGGGAUCCAACCGAUCAUCGACAAGCUCAGACUACACGAAAACGAAACUUUGGACAGGCAUUUAGACUUUUUUGAGAUGGUACGAAAUGAAGACGAAAAGGAGUUAGCAAGGAAGUUUGAACAAGAACACGUUGACACGAAAAGCGCCACAGCGAUGUUCGAUUUGCUGAGGCGGAAGCUGUCACAUUCGGCCGCCUAUCCGCACCUAUUGUCUCUACUAGAACACUGCCUGCUCAUACCGCUUGACUACGGAUCACAUCCACAACAUUGGUUGCUUUUUGACAGGAUUGUGCAGCAAAUCGUUCUACAGCAGAACACAACAGGAAUCAAAGAUCCAGACGUAGCACCAUUGAACAUAGAAGUGAAAGAAAUAGUCCAUUUACUAGCCAAAGAGGAAGAAUUGGUAGCCGCUCGGAAAAAAGCGGAAGAAUUGGAGAAGGAAAAUGUCGACAUGUCCAAUAAGUUGGCGAAGAAGGAACAGGAAUUGGAUCAGAGAAUGCAGGAGAAGGAGGAUCUGGAAACUAGUCUGAAUAGGAUAAAGGAGAGGUUAGAAAAAGAAACCAGUUUGCAUAUAGAAACCAAACAAAGGUUAAGUGAACUGGAAUAUCGAGCCGCAGAUCUGGAUCGCCAAGUGAGUUGCGAGCGUGGUGAAAGGCAUCGUUUGGAAAGGCUAGUGAGCUCUGGAUCCAUUCCGGAUGAUGCCAAAGUCAUCGGUUUGAACAAGUCACUGGAGAUCAGCAACAGUUCGCCGGCGGAGUGCAAGAACGAUUUCGUCAGUAUGCCACCACCUCCUCCACCUUUGGCACCUCCACCGCCUCCAGGUCCACCUGGUCCUCCUCCACCACCAUGCGCUCCAAUGGCCCCUCCAUCUGAACCGCUAAAGAUGGAAACUGUGAAGAAGAACAUACCGCAACCAUCCAAUCCGUUAAAGAGUUUCAACUGGUCGAAAAUACCAGAUACAAAACUGAACGGCACGAUAUGGAGUGAACUGGAUGAUACCAAAUUAUACAAUACCAUGGAAUUGGAUAGUAUUGACAAGUUGUUCAGUGCAUAUCAAAAGAAUGGUGUCGGGAACGAAGGCUCCGUAGAGGAUCUGAGCAAACUAGGCAAGAACAAAACAAAGGUGUUGUCAGUGAUAGACAGCCGACGAGCUCAGAACUGCACUAUUCUGCUCAGCAAAUUGAAAAUGUCAGAUGAGGACAUCACCAAAGCCAUCCUGAGCAUGGACAGCAAAGAACAAUUGCCUAUGGAUAUGGUCGAACAACUGUUGAAGUUCACGCCCAGUUCAGAGGAAGCAGCAUUGUUGGAAGAACACAGUGAAGAAAUAGAUUCUUUGGCUAGAGCGGACAGAUUUUUGUACGAAAUUUCAAAAGUGCCACAUUAUGAACAGCGACUACGCAGCCUACACUACAAAAAGCGCUUCCAGGUGACACUGAAUGAGCUGUUGCCACGCAUUACCAGUGUGAUGGAAGCCUCCAGAGAGGUAUCGCGCUCCAGGAGGUUGAGAAGGCUAUUAGAAAUCGUGUUGGCUCUGGGAAAUUACAUGAACCGUGGUGCGAGAGGAAACGCCUCAGGAUUUAGGCUUACCUCCCUGAACAGGUUGGCUGAUACCAAGUCCAGCGCUGCAAAGGGUACUACGCUUUUGCAUUACCUCGUGCAGAUUCUAGAGAGGAAGUUCAAGGACAUUCUGCGGCUAGACGAAGACCUACCACAUGUCCGUGAGGCUGCCAAAGUAUCACUGGGAGAGCUGAAUAAGGACAUGGCACAGCUACGUGCUGGACUGAAAGAUGUUGCUAGAGAGAUUGAGUUCCAUAGAAGUCAGAGCCCAUUGGCGAACGAUAAGUUCGUUCCGGUGAUGAGGGAGUUCCAAGCUACGGCUACCUGCAGGCUUGCCGAGGUCGAGGAUCAAUAUCAAGACAUGAAGAACCGAUUCGAGCGUGCCGUCCGCCUAUUCGGUGAGGAUGCAACCACCGCACAACCCGACGAGUUCUUCGGCGUGUUUGACAGCUUCCUGAACCAGCUGACAGAAGCGCGUCAGGACAACGAAAAUCAGAGGCGCAGACAGGAAGAGGAAGAAAAACGAGCCAAGCAGGAAGCGGAACUUAAAAAACUCACAUUGGAGAGGAAGCACAGUCGGGAGGGAAUACUCAGCUCUAUCAACAAGAGUCUCAGUUUGAAGAGGGGUGAAAAGAACACAGACGAUAAGGUUAGCAAUAAGUCGUAUGAGUUUUAAAAAACAAAGUCUCGGUCUCGACAUCGGAAUUGCAACCAGGUGCCCAGAAACCUCAUUUUAGUGUUGAAUGCAAGAAUAAGGUCAUUUCUAGCAAUAUAGAUACCAAUAAAAUUUUGCUUUAAAAGAAUGAAUACUACGACCUAAAGUGACCAGAAGGUCGAAUAAAGUCGAAAAACGAUUUCCUAGGAUAUUUUACCAAUUUCAACUUCACCACCUGAAAAAAAUGUUUCGAUACAAUCAAAAAUGACCAGAAGCUCGUAAACACUUUUUCCAGGUUCGUAGACGCUAAGCCAAAAGUGGAAAUGAAUGGCUACUACUUGCUCUUGCACAUAGACAAGAAUUCUGUGAUAAAGGACCAUUCUUUUCACUCACUUCCACUUCUAAUACAUACUGUCGUAUGCGUAACCUCUGUUUUAUAUCGAAGAGCAACAUGGCUAAACACAAAUUACAUUCACAUAAGAAGCAAAGUCUCGUGCUGACAGUGACAAGCAUAAAUAGAGAAAACUCAUACAUUGACGGGAAAGUUCACACAAGCAAACAUCGGCGCACAGCAGGCGAUAAAAUGUCAGCUUGUUUAAUAGAGCUGGUAUUGUGCAAAUAGUUCAUUCUUGUGGGAAAACCUACUUAAUAUCAUAAAAAACGUACAUAAUGUAAAAAACAACAUAAUAUCACUUUCCAAGUUACGUAAGACCCCUGCGGCCAAAAAUCGCGAAAAUACCUAUAGCGUCCAAUCAUCUACUGGGGGUAAUAAACGUAACAAAACAGCUGUAUGUUUUCCAAAAUGAAAGAGAUCAAGGUAAGGACUUCACUAACUUCAAGGUUCAAUGUUGAACGUUUAUUUUUGAAAUAGAAAUCCCCUUUUUGAUACCUGCAAUCGGAAGAACGUCCAAUUAUGCAUCAAAAACAUUGUGAGGCCGGUGAACAUUUAUUGGAGUCUAGAUAGGUUAUUGAUAAUUAAUAGUAAUAAUAAUAAUAAAUGGGCUUUAUUUCGUACCUAAGUAAAAGCAAAAAAAAGGCGAAGUGUCGCUAAGAUUAGCGUUUUUCAACUUAACCUUAAAUCAGAGUCAGACGUUUACUAACAUUUAACAAGAUUUAUUUCAGGAAAUAGUGAUCUUGAAUUUGACCUUGAGCCUCACUUUCAAGGUCUGUUAUCCCGAAUAAACUUUGAGCUCAGUUGGUUGCUAUGAGCCCCCUCAGGGUGGGGUUCUUUCUACUUUGGUUGCGGAUGCAAUGGUUAUUUGGGCGCCAAAAACUAGGAAAUGAAAUAACAACAUCACUGUUAAGAUUCUGGAGUUAGAAGAGAUACCAACUCACAAGGUACACAGACAUUCAUUGAAAAAACAAAAAAAAAUAAGGAGAAGUCCUGGAGGACAGGCUAACACAAAUUAAUUUAUGUUUUACCUCCCUUGCUAAAUGGUUAUUAAAAAAACUAGAAUUAAAAGAAAAUUGGAAUCUCCGAACGGCUACCGUAGGAAGUCCCAGAUGUUACCCUAAAACUGGAGCUUAAAAAGGGGGGGGGGUGAACUGAAAGGUAGAACUGGAGGGUAGAACCCUCUAACAAUGAAGGUUCACCAGAAAUGGGGGAACUGCUCCUCCCAGGCGCAUAGGACUAACCCUGUAGGCGGUUAAAUAAAAUAGUUUUUAUUUAAAACUACCCCACCACCCUUUGAAUCCGCAACUCAUCCUGUGAACUAUUCACAGGAUCGGGCAGUGGGCCGCAGACAAAUUUCUACACCAGAGCACCGGAAAUAGCCCCAAGUCACCUUCAGCUCUCGUAUUUACGGUCAACAGAAAUUAUAAAAAUUGACCUCCAACGAGAUAGAGAGUAGAGUACUUACUAUUUUCUACCAAAAAAUUAUUAGACUGAGAGAACUGUUUUGUUAUAUAUAUGAAAUUCGAUGUUUUUAAGAACGGCUAUAAAAUUAUUAUUCUAAAUAAGAAAAACGUUGUAAAAUAAACUGUAAUAUGUCAUAAUAAUAAAUAAGAACGUAUUAGAACGUUAGAUUUUUCAUCGUCUGUAUCAACAAGAAAAGUUCACCAAACAAAAAAAGGUUGACCUAGAGAUGACUUUGAAAGCGAGGUUCAGGGUUAAAUCGAAGAGAAAUAUUGAUAUUUUCGUUAAACAUUACGUCCAUAAUAUUUUUUCCACCAGUAAUCCGGCUAAAUUUCUAACCUCACACAUUUGACCUUCAUUUGACCUUCAGAGGUGACCGUGAUCUUAGAUAGACAGAUAGAUAGAUUUUAUUUUAAAAACAGGUCGACCUUAAAAUAACCUUGAAAGUCAGCAUCAAGGUCACAUCCAAGGUCACCUUGUCGAAAAACAGUAAAGAUUCGACCUUGAAAUUUUUCAUUAUACUGUACCUGUAAAAAUACAGACCCAUUCCAUUACUUUUGUUACACCCAGUAGAAUACUAGCGAGUCAAGAUUUUACAGGGACCUGAAAGGUUAAUUGAAGUUUGAUUCCGUUUAUAGCAUCAAUAACCUUACAAUGUAAAAAGUUUUAUAAAACCAACUGUUACGAGAUCUGGAAAUCCUAGAGUAAAAUUUUAGUUUUUUCACGGUUUUCAAAUAUAGGAUAUUGGGAUAUUUGGGAGACCGCUCUCUUAAAAAUUCCAACUUUUUAUCUAUCAACUUACGCAUCCGCAUAGUCCUAAACAUCACAAAAAAUAAUGAUUCUCGUGCCCAAAUCUUUUGGAUCUUUCUCAAAAUGAUGACUGUGAAUUCGAGAAGCAAACGUUUGUAAAUGAUGGUGCAGUUUCUUUUGGCCAAAAAAUUAUAGGUGAUACGACAAAUAUAAAGCAAGUUCAGACUGGUUUCAAAAAUAUCAAAGUACCUGCUGAAACUAUGGAAUGGAAGUAAAAUUACGGACCGACAAACCAACUAUCCAACACAUGAGUACGUGGUUUUUUGUGAUUUACUAUAUAUUAUUCAAAAAUGUUGAACAAUACAACAGAAAAAACUAAUGGUAUUUCUUAUUCCGCUAAUAGACCGUAAUAAUUCUUCGUUGUGUGAUUUUAGAUUAGAUUAUCACAAAGACCCAAAAUCAUGUUUUUUUGUCCAGGGAGAAUUCGAUGACCUGAUAUCCGCCUUGCGCACUGGUGAUGUUUUUGGUGAAGAUGUAGCCAAAUUCAAGAGGUCAAGGAAAACCAGGGUAGGCGCCGGAAAUUCACCUCCGAGAAGAAAUUCCAACACCAGGGAGGACAGUAGAGAACGCGUAGUGAGUAGCGGUAGAAAACAGUGAUUUUUUUCUUGUAGAUUUUUAUAUAUUUAUAGACUUUAUUACCCGUUUUGUACAAAUAGCUCAUUUACGACUAUUACUACUUAUGUGUAUGUAUAUGUAUAAAGUAAGCGAAUCAAAGUUUUUGUAUGUUUUGACUAACGCGUUUAUACAAGAGUUUGUAUACCUACGUAGCUGAUGUAGAUGGUAGAACAACGAAAUUGAGAUAGGAUAUCAUUGUGCUCAAAUAGAUGAGAUAGAUGUCCAUUUAUACAAGUCAUAUAUAUUAAAGGUA